UAUUGAAAUCAAUUAAAAAUGUUAUGCAGCGGCAGUAGUGCAUUGCCUUACUUUCGCAUUCCCACUCCGACAAUCGGAAAAAACCACCUCUUUGGCCAGCAAAAGCGUUUUCUCAGAUUCACUUUCUCUCUCUCUUCUCAGCUUCAGAAAAUGGAGGCCAACACCAUCAGAGCAGUGGGCUUGGAUUUCCUCACAAAGAAACCGUAUUCGCCUCCUUCAUGGGCGACCCAUCUCAGCCCAAUUCCCUCUCACGUCUUCUCUCUCGGCCAUUUUCCAACUCCAAUUCACAAGUGGAAUCUCCCUAAUUUGCCCAACAACACUGAAGUCUGGUUGAAGCGUGACGAUGUUUCUGGAAUGCAACUAAGUGGUAACAAAGUCAGGAAGUUGGAAUUCUUGAUGGCAGAUGCUGUUGCACAAGGUGCUGACUGUAUCAUAACAAUAGGAGGAAUCCAAAGCAAUCACUGCCGUGCAACUGCUGUGGCUGCUAGAUAUUUGAAUCUUGAUUGUUAUCUUAUACUACGGACCUCUAAGGUACUUGUAGACCAAGAUCCAGGACUGACGGGCAAUCUCCUGGUUGAGCGGUUAGUUGGAGCUCACGUUGAACUAAUUUCUAAAGAAGAAUAUGCAAAAAUUGGGAGUGUGGCUCUUACUAAUCAUCUGAAAGAAAAGCUUCUAAAUGAAGGGAGGAGGCCAUAUGUGAUCCCUGUCGGUGGAUCAAACUCUUUAGGAACUUGGGGCUACAUUGAAGCAAUUAGAGAGGUUGAGCAGCAAGUUCAGACUGCAAAAGAAAAUUUUGACGAUAUUGUUGUAGCAUGUGGCAGUGGUGGUACAAUUGCUGGUCUAUCAUUGGGUUCAUCAUUAAGUUCUUUGAAGGCAAAAGUUCACGCAUUCUCUGUUUGCGAUGACCCCAAUUAUUUCUAUGACUUUGUCCAAGGCCUACUUGAUGGUCUUGAAGCCAGUGUUAAUGCGCAUGAUAUUGUUGACAUUCAAAAUGCUAAAGGUCUAGGCUAUGCAAUUAACACCUCUGAGGAGCUUAAAUUUGUAAAGGACAUUGCCGCUGCUACUGGUGUUAUUCUUGACCCCGUUUACAGCGGCAAAGCUGCUUCUGGACUGUUGAAGGACAUGAAGGAGAAUCCAAAGAAGUGGGAAGGGAGAAAGAUCCUCUUCAUACACACUGGUGGGCUGCUAGGACUGUAUGACAAGGUUGAGCAGUUGGCUUCAUCGGUGGGAAAUUGGCAUCGAAUGGACGUCCAUGAAUCUGUUCCCCGCAAAGAUGGUACUGGAAAAAUGUUCUAGAGGGGAAAUACAAAGACUAGAAAUACAAAUACCGCAAAGGUUGUACCAUAUCUUCUAUUUGAGUGAGGUCAUCGAAAUCUUCUAAUAAAAAAGGUGAAAUUUCUUGUUCAUAUUAUUAAUCGAAGAUAUGCUUUCUAUUAUUUAUUUAUAUUUUCUUAUACUGUUAAGAGUAUUGUGCUUUAGCGGUUCAUUUAUUUGUUUUAAAUUUCUGCCUUCGAUGGAUGACACGCGCACAUACAAAAUGCUUCUGUUAAUGAACCGAGCAAGUAGAUCAAAGUCCACAAAAAACAAACAGAAAAGGCAGAGGAUGGAAUUUCAAAGCAUCCUAUCCCUACAAACAAGGAGGAAAGAGGUCAUUGGCAAGGACUUUGGGCUGCAAUAUUCCCCAUCCUCCACAUCCAGCUGAUGAAGCAUGCAAAGGAAUCGCGCACCUUGGAAAGGAUCUUUUGGCAAAUGGACUUCAGCUCCUAAUCAUGCGCAAUCCUUGAAGAGAGGGAAUUAACGACCGGCUUCAUGUAUCCCUCAAUUCGGAGGUUUUCCCACCCUUUACCAAGAGCCAUCUCCAUGGCUGAAAGAGCAACUGCAGCUUCACUAGCAACCACGGAAUGUGCAGACUCGCAACAAAUCCCCAAAACAAUGCUUGAAUUGUCUUGAUCGACACACCCUAGGGCACGGGGGAUGCAAAGAAAUCGGCAUCAUAACUCAUAACAGAAACUGUAGCUUUGACCCGACCCUAGUUCGUGUAAAUCUAGAGUUACACAACAACACUAGGCCUCGUUCACUUC